GUUCUCGGCGACUGUCCGGCUGCCGCAGACGAAAUUCCCCGGCCGCACUGAUCAGCACGCGGUGCAGACACUGCUGCUGCCGCAGGUCACGACGGAACUGUACGACUGGAACAACCGUCGCGAAGUGAAAAGUAUACAAGAGCUAUUCAUUCUGCACGACGGCCCCCCGUAUGCCAAUGGCGAUCUGCACAUUGGACAUGCUCUGAACAAAAUUCUCAAGGACAUAAUUGUGCGAUUUGAGCUUCUGAGCGGCAAGAAAGUGCACUUUCGUCCCGGCUGGGACUGCCACGGCUUGCCGAUCGAACUGAAGGCACUGGAACAGAUCGCGCAGCACAAAAAGACGCGCAAAAAGGAGAUCAAACGAAAGCUCAAGACCAGCCCCAAUCCAGAACUCGAGGCCGAGCUGGUUGCGCUCGAGGCCAGGCUGAAACCGCUGGAGAUUAUCGAGCUCUGCAAACAGCAUGCGCUCUCGACACAGCAGUCCCAAUCGGCCCAAUUCCAACGUAUGGGCAUUAUGGGAGAUUUUGCCAAUCCAUACAAAACACUCGACAAGGACUUUGUUGUGCGACAGCUGCGCGUGUUCAAACGACUGUUUGACAACAACCUCAUCAAAAGACAGGAAAAGCCGGUCUACUGGGGGUGCGAGAACGCCACGGCGCUGGCCGAAGGAGAGCUAGAGUACAACCCGCAGCACCACUCGACCGCAAUCUAUGUCAAGUUUCCGCUGGAGCGUCCGCCAGAACCGUUUGGCCCCGAGCCCGUGUACGCUCUCAUAUGGACGUCGACGCCGUGGACGCUGGCGGCGAACCGGGCGAUCUGCGUCAACGAGAACACGACGUACACCAUAGUGGAAUCGAAGGGCGACCGGCUGAUUGUGGCCCAGAAACUGGUGAAUUCUUUAAGAACGAUCGAUCCUCAAUUACGUGAGACGGGCGUUCAAAUUCCCGGCUCAGAACUGCUCGGUUGCCGCUACCGAAAUCUGCUGCUUGUCGGCAGCAGCCAAGACACGAGCCUUCCUAUUCUGCACGGCGACCACGUGACAGACUCUGCCGGGACCGGUCUGGUCCACACGGCUCCCGGCCACGGACAAGACGACUAUUUUGUGUGUCUAAAGCACAAUAUUCAACCUUACUCGCCCGUCAACGAGCAUGGAAAGUACACGGACGAGCUGCCGGACAACGACUUACAGGAGCUUGUUGGUCUGCGUGUUCUUGGUGAGGGCACACAGAAAAUGGUGGCUAAACUAGAGCAGCUACAGCUCUGCUACCAUGUGGACCCAAACUACACGCAUUCGUACCCAUACGACUGGCGGUCGAAAAAGCCGAUUAUUAUCCGUUCGACGCCGCAGUGGUUCAUUGACGUGAGUAAGAUCAAGGCUGUCACCACGGAGCUGCUCCAGAAAAACGUACAGUUCUUCCCGCCGCGUGGCUCGAACCGGCUGGUCUCGUUCAUCAAUUUGCGGAACGAGUGGUGCAUUUCCAGACAGCGCAGCUGGGGCGUGCCGAUACCGGUGGUGUACCACAAGCAGACGGGUGAGCCGCUGAUCAAUGACCUUGUGAUUGAGCGCAUUUCGCAGGUCAUUGCCGCAGAGGACGUCGAGAGCUGGUUUGGCGAGUCGUCAAUGGACAAAUGGAUUCCGUCAGAGUGCAACGUGAACCCAGACGACUACGUUCGCGGCACAGACACUAUGGACGUGUGGUUUGACUCCGGCUCGAGCUGGACUUUGGUGGAACAGUUCCUAGAGUCCACGGGACUGCUUUCGGAGGCGGUAGCACGCGGAUAUCUGGCUGACGUGUAUUUGGAGGGUUCUGACCAGCACCGGGGCUGGUUCCAGUCGAGUGUGCUGACCAAGAUCGGUGCGACUGCGCCUGGCGAGUCUGCGGUGCUGCCUUAUGGGAAAAUAAUUACGCACGGGUUCACGCUGGACGAAAAAGGAGACAAAAUGUCCAAGUCGCUUGGAAACACUAUUGUUCCGGUCGAUAUUGUUGAAGGGAACAAAGCAAAGAAAGUGCCUGGUCUGGGGAUUGAUGGGCUGCGUCUCUGGGUGGCCCAGGCCGACUACACGUCGGAUGUGGCUGUGGGGCCAGUGAUUUUGAACAGGGUCGCCGACGUGGUGAAGAAAUUGCGUUUCACGUUCCGAUUUCUGCUUGGAAACAUUGGCGACCUGGAGCAGAAAGUUGAAUAUGCCGGGCUGGACACCAUGGAUAGAUACAUAUUGUCCCGGCUGGCAUCGUUCGAGAAGAAAGCUCGCCAGUGUUACGAGGCGCACAAUUACUCGAAAAUCAUCAAGGACAUGAAUCAACUGGUCAACGUGGACCUUUCUUCGCUUUACUUUGACAUUCGCAAGGAUCCUCUAUACACGGACUUUGCAGACAGCCUGAAAAGACGCAGCACACAGACGGUAUUUGUGGAGGUGCUCAAGGUGCUGACGAGCGUGGUGGCUCCCAUAAUGCCGAUCAUGACGCAAGAGGCGUGGAAUCACUCGCCAGAGCUGGUCACGGACGGGCUACGGUCUUCGUUUAUGCGUGGCUGGUACGAAGUUCCGCAACAGUACCUGGAUCCGGAGCUGGAAGCCGAGAUGGAGCAGCUGCUAAAACUCAGUCACCAGAUCAAGGCUGCAAUAGACAAGACGCUGCGUAGCACAGAAGUCAUGAAAAUGGCCUCCGAAACAGAAAUUUACGUGGAUGUUGCUCCCCAGACUGCUUUAGGGGCUCUUGUUUCCAAGUAUGAGGCUCAGAUGACUGAGUAUUUGAUGGUGUCUAAAUUCCACCUGAACACACAGCGUCCAAAGGACGUUUUGUUGGAGACUACAGACGGUGACAUUUCUAUCGCAGUGACGAAAACAGAUCUUGAAAAAUGUCCUCGUUGCUGGCGGUACGCCGUGGAGGGUCCUGCCGAGCUGUGCAAAAGAUGCGCGGAGGUGGUAGCAUGUACAUAGCCAUAGGA